AUGGUAGUGGUCUCCUUGUUUACAGUUGUAAGAAUAAUAAAAAUAUUGAUCAUGGUCUUUCCACUAUUACAAUCUCAUAGAUUACAUUACCUGCUUCCAUUAGAAAGGAACUGUGGCUCAUGGGUUUACUGGAUGAUCUUUUUGAUGGACAUUUUAAAAAUAGCAUGGUUGAACACAUGGGCUUUCUAUUACGAGUAUCAAAUAUGUCCUUGCAAAAUGAAACUAUUUUCAUCGACAACAUGGCUUUAG